AUGCCACCAAAAGCGAGGACGGGGCCAUCGAAGGGCGGUGACAAGCGGUCAAGCUCCAGCAAGCCAUCUACAUCGGCGUCCUCCAGCAAAUCCAAGAAGCCCUCCGGACCACGACCAAAACCAGUGCAGCAGAAAACCAAGUCCAAAACCCCGACCCUAAAGAAGAAACCACCACAUCUCCGCUACACAGAAAAGGAUCUCAAACUCCCCUCACUCAACGGCAUCCGCCCUGCCGGUGUCCAAAAGCCACCCAAUGCCAAAAAAGGCAAGACCUUCGUAGACGACAAAGAACAGAUGAACGCCAUCCUGGCGAUAGUCAUGGCCGAGAAGGAGGGCAAUAUCGAGUCCAAGAUGAUGCGGUCGAGGCAAUUGGAGGAGGUGAGGGAAGCGAGGAGGAUUGAGGCGGAGAAGAGAGUGGAGAGUAAGAAGGCGGGGUUGGAGGAGAGGAAGAAGGGUAUCAAGGAGGAUGGAAGGAAGAAGGGGAAGGGUAGCAGGGAUGAUUCUGGUCCUGCUGGUGCUGAGGUGACGCAAGAGAAGGUGGGUCCGAGGAAGCUGCGCAAGCGAGUGAGCUUUGGGUGA